UUAUCUCGGAACUUUCGCAGAGAUAAAAAGCAAAUCUCAACAUUUGUGAAUAUUUUAGUCAACGAUUCGUGUCCCCUUAGACUUCCAGUAAAGGAGGCAAGCGCAUAAAACACUUCCACGUUCGAAUCGAUGAUUGCUCUUUUCUGAGAUGGGUGUUUGAUCAUCGGGGCGAAAAAAGAUUCAAUCUUUACCGGCUUUUCUCUUCUGGGUUUUGAUCACGAUGGAGUCUUUUCUAAUCCAUCAUAUUGUGAUUGUGUUGCUGCUCCUCUGGUUUCUUUCUUCACUGAAUCGAUCCCACGGCUUUUUCUAUUUCCUGUCUCUGAUUUAUCUCUACCUGGUUCACGAACGUUAUGUGAUGAGAUUGAAGAGGCAAUUGCAGUUCGAAGAGAGGAAGCAAGCUAAUCAGAGAAGAGUUCUAACUGAUUCUGAAUCUGUCCGGUGGUUAAAUCAUGCUGUGGAGAAGAUAUGGCCUAUAUGCAUGGAACAGAUUACGUCUGAAAAGAUUCUUGGUCCAAUCAUACCUUGGUUCUUGGACAAGUAUCGACCUUGGACAGCGAAAAAGGCUGUGAUACAGCACCUUUACAUGGGGAAAAAACCGCCUUUGUUGACUGAUAUUAGGGUCCUUCGCCAAUCUACGGGUGAUGAUCACUUGGUACUGGAACUUGGAAUGAAUUUUCUAGCAGCAGAUGAUAUGAGUGCGAUACUUGCUGUGAAAUUAAGGAAAAGGCUUGGUUUUGGGAUGUGGACAAAGUUGCAUUUGACGGGAAUGCAGGUGGAAGGGAAGGUGUUGGUCGGAGUGAAGUUCCUUCGUCGAUGGCCUUUCUUGGGGCGUUUACGUGUGUGUUUUGCAGAGCCUCCAUAUUUCCAGAUGACUGUUAAACCAAUUUUCACUCACGGGCUUGAUGUUGCUGUACUUCCAGGCAUCGCUGGGUGGCUAGACAAACUUCUAUCUAUCGCAUUUGAACAGACCCUUGUUCAGCCAAAUAUGCUGGUUGUUGACAUGGAGAAAUUUGUUAGCCCAAAGCCAGAAAAUUGGUUCUUUGUUGAUGAGAAAGAACCAGCUGCACACGUCUUAGUUGAAGUCAUUGAAGCGUCAGAUGUUAAACCAUCCGAUCUAAAUGGUUUGGCUGAUCCUUAUGUGAAAGGGAAACUUGGUGCUUACCGAUUCAAAACCAAGAUAAUGAGAAAAUCAUUGUCCCCAACAUGGCAAGAAGAGUUUAAGAUACCAAUCUUUACAUGGGACUCUCCAAGAAUACUUAGCAUUGAAGUUAAAGAUAAAGAUCGAUUUGUUGAUGAUACCCUUGGUGAAUGUUCAGUGAAUAUCGGAGAGUUGAGAGGCGGCCAAAGAAACGAUAUGUGGUUGCCUCUUCAGAACAUCAAAAUGGGAAGGCUGCAUCUUGCUAUAACCGUAAUUGAGGACAAUGCAAAGGGCACUGAUGAGGAUCCCUUCAAAGGGGUGAAGAAGCUAAGCAAGGAAGACAUUCAAACUUCUUUUGCUUCUGAUACUGCAAACAACGGUUCUUUCACGUCGGUGAACUCUGAAAAAUGUCCAAGUGUUGCAGAUAACGUUGAGCCAAUCAGCAUUGGAGGGCAAAAAGAGACUGGAAUCUGGGUUCAAAGACCAGGACCUGAAGUCUCACAGAUAUGGGAACCGAGAAAAGGCAAGAGUAGACGUCUUGAUAACCAAGUACAAAGAGUUCCUACUAAUGAUGGAUCACCAAACAACGAAAGCAGUAGCACCGAUGAAAAUCAAGAGGGAUCAAGGAACCCAAUGAAGUCUGUUGGUAGAGGAAUGAGGAAAAUCGGGUCAAUGUUUCAUAGGAACAGCAAAAAGGAAGACUUUUUGAUAGGAAGCAUUGAAGAGGAGUCGCAGGCUCGGUCUCCUCGGAUCAAUGUGAAGGCGAUAAACCAAAAGGAUAUUGGAGUUAAAUACGUCGUCGAUGACGAUCUCUCGGGUCCUCUUUCAGGCAAGAGUGUAGACUGUGAGAGUUUGGAUCAAGAAGAGAACUCAGGUAAAGGUCACAUGAAGGAUGUUGCAAAGAGCUUUAUGAAACAAGCUGAGAAAUCCGCAAAACAGAUAAAGCACGUGUUUUCGCGUAAAGGAUCCAAGAAAAUGAGAGAUGAGCAGCAAGAAAUCGUUCCUGAGUCUGAUUCCGGAUCUGAUUCUGAAUCUUCUUCUUCUGAUGAUGAUGAUGAGUUUACAUGUGUACAGAACCUGGGAAAAGAAACAGGAACACCUAGAGCUCUUACACGCGAUGGGAAUAUUGUUAGAACAGGAGAUAAUGAUCAUGUAGAUACAACAUUAGUAGACGCUAAGGAAGCUCCAAGUGGUGGCAUUGCAGAGAGUUCGACAGAUGUUGAAGCUAAAGACGAGAAAUUGAAGGAAGCAGACUCGGAAACCACGGAUAUUGACGCGGCCAUGAACAUUAAAACUGAAAAUGAGCAAGUAGAGACGGCUAAGAGUAUUGAAGGGGAAGAAAAGGAACUAUCUUCAAAGUAA